AUGAAGAAGCUUCAACUUUUCUACGCGAUCACUUCAGGCAAGUUCUUAGCCAGUGGCAGGAGAAGGUUUGGGAUUCAGUUGAAGCCAAUUCAAAGAGUACUUCAAUUUCACGCCGUGGAAAACCAUAAAAUCACAACGAAAAAUCAACAUUUUUACACUGAGGUUAAACUCGGACUGAAUUUUGCAUUUAAGGCGUUUAACUGCAACACUAAAGACACUGCAUACGACCAAUGA